GGCACCAUGAAGUCUCUAAAGAAGGAUUCCCGCCUCAGAAUACCUUCAAGCCGGUUCUUUGAAGCCCCAGAGACCUUCAAAGAAAAGAAGCGGACAAAGGUACCUGAACAGCCCACACCCCCCAUUCAGGAAGAGCCUGAGCCUGUUAGCAAUGUCCUACAAGGAGAUGACAUUCUUGCCUUGGCCAUUAAGAAAGAAGACUUGAAGAAGCAACAUGUUCCUCGCCUUGCUGAAACGGAAGAUAAACCUGUCAUUACCCAGAAAUUUAUCAUUCGUAAAUUCAAACCCAAGGAUUCUAAGAGGAAGGUCUGCCACUUAGUAGCACAUCCUGCCAAUCCAGAUGCAGCCACAAAGCCCCUGGACUACUCUGGUCCGGGUAACAGCUUCGAUGGCAGUAACCAGAUCCUGCCCCACCACAUACUGGGGAGCCUCCAGGACUUUAAGAGAAUAGCAGUUGCUCGAGGGAACACCCAGCUGGCUAAGCUAAUACAUACCCCACCCUGCCUGAUGGCCCUCCUCUCAGCUAAAGAAGAUUCAGAGCAAAAAGCUCCCAAAGAAGAGAAGAGAUACCCUUGGGCCCCCCGUCCUCAGCACAACUUUCUGAAAAACUGGCAGCGUCACAUAACCCUGCGGAAGAGGCAGCAGGAAGCCCUCAGCAGACUCCUGAAGAAGCCAGCUGGUGAGCUGCUGAUGCACACCGGGGAGACUUACAGACGGAUCCAGGAGGAGCGGGAACUCAUUGACCGUAUACUUCCAACACAGCACGAUGGGAAAAGCUGUGAGGAGAUCGGUGGGUUCUGGAGCCGACUGGAAUACUUGGGAGAUGAGAUGACAGGUCUGGUCAUGACCAAGACAAAAACUCAGCAAGGCCUUGUGGAACCAAUCACUCACGUCAGGAAGCCCCGCUCCAUCCAGCUGGAGACAGGAUUGCCAGCCCAGAGUGAUGCUUGGUACCGCUACACCUGGGAUCGGAGUCUGUUUCUCAUCUACCGACGCAAGGAACUGCAGAGCAUCAUGGCAGAGCUGGAUUUUAGCCAGCAGGAUAUUGAUGGCCUGGAGGUGGUGGGCAGAGGGCAGCCCUUCUCGACUGUCACAGUGGAAGACUAUACAGUGUUUGAGGGGAGCCAGGAGAGCUCCUCUGAAGACAUGAUGCACUUAGAUUUAUCGACCAUUUACCCUGAUGUGGUCCCCUUGCCUAUUCUUGGCCCUUCUCUGCUGUUCUGUGGGAAGCCAGCUUGCUGGAUCAGAGGCAGUAACCCACAGGACAAGAGGCAGGUUGGAAUUGGUGUUCGCUUGACCUUUGAAACCCUAGAAGGGGAGAAAACCUCUUCAGAACUGACUGUGGUCAAUAAUGGUACAGUGGCCAUUUGGUAUGACUGGCGACGGCGGCCCCAGCUGGACUCUUUCCAAGACCUGAAGAGAAACAGGGUGCAGCGGUUUUACUUUGACAACCGUGAAGGUGUGAUUCUGCCUGGAGAAACUAAAAACUUUACCUUCUUCUUCAAAUCUUUGAAUGCUGGGAUCUUCAGGGAAUCUUGGGAGUUUGGAACCCAUCCCACCCUUUUAGGAGGUGCUCUCCUGCAGGUCAAUCUCCAUGCAGUCUCCCUCACUCAGGACAUUUUCAGGGAUGAGAGGAAGUUACUGGAGAACAAGCUGGCGGCCCACGAGGCGGUCACCAUUGUGCAGAGCGUGCUGCAGGAGCUGCUGAGGGGUGUCCUGACCCCAGACCGCACGCCAACACCUGUGGAUGCCUAUCUCACUGAGGAAGACGUUUUCUGCUAUAGGAAUCCUCAGCUGCGUUACCAGCACCAGGUGGUGCAAAGUCUGCACAGGCUGUGGCACCAGUACAUGAUCCUGCCCCAUAAGGUCGAGGAAGCCAGGCCAGGCGAGGAGGAGCACCUCAGCCCCCGGGCCUGGCUGGCCAUGCCCCAGUCAGCCCUGAUGAACUCUGAGCUCUUGCCAAACUUCAGGAGCUCAGUUUCAGAACCCCAAGUGCCCCGGCAGGAGAACGAGGCCCUCAGGGAUGCCCGAGAUCCCUUGGGGUCCCAGAAGACUGGAGUGGGCACCAUGGUUUCUCAGCGAAAGAGCAUCAUGGAGGAGAUCCUGGUGCAUGAGAGCCCAGACUUACAGAGCAGCAAGAGUCCCUGGGAGCUGGAUGACUUUCCCCCACCCAAGUGGAACCUCUGUUUGGAAGACUUCCGAAAGGCAGUGAUGACACUCCCUGAGGAGAGCCAGAGAGAGGAUGCCCUAAUCAGGCUCAACAAAGCAGCCCUGGAGCUGUGCCAGGAACAGAGGCCAUUGCAGUCCGACUUCCUGUACCAGAUAUGUUUGCAGCUGUGGCAAGAUGUGAUUGACAGCCUGGUGAGCUAUUCCCUGUGGCUGAGAGCUCUGCUGGGCCUGCCGGAGAAAGAGACCAUCUAUUUGGAUGUGCCAGAAGAACAAGAUCAAAAAUCACUUCCCAUCAUGGAAGUGAAGGUGAUUGCUGGGAGAGUGGGGAAGGAGGAGCGGAGAGGGGCAGCCCAGGAAAAGAAGCAACCGGGAAUCAGAGACAAAGAGGACAAAAAAGGAGCCAAGUUGCCAGGGAAAGAGGACCGGCUCAACAGCAAGAAACAGAAGGCAAAGGACGACAAGAAAGUAAUGAAAUCUGCAAGUCGGGAAAUUUCCUUGGAAGAUCCUGCCCCUGACACCACCAUCCCCUUUCAGGAGCCCAUAGACCCCCACGUCAUGGAGAAGUACAUGCAGAGGCUGCACACUGAGGUCUAUGGGCUGCUGGACACCCUGGUGAGUGACCUGAUGGUCCUGGCUGAUGAGCUCGGCCUCAUAAAGAAUAUCGAGGAGGCUUUGUGUCUUUUAACCUGACUUGGCCCAA